CGAAGAAGAAGACACGCGAAGAACCAAGAAAAGGGCGCAGAGUAAAAAACAAAAAUGGCCUCGCAUGGUAUUUGUUUUGUUCGGAACCAGCAGCACUAGUUUUUCGAUUCCCGGUGAAACGGUCGAACUUCCGCGGUUCUAUUUUUCGUCAAACCCACCGGCCGGACAUGCCCCAUCGGGCGGUGAUAUUUGUUGGUCGUUUUUCGCUACGUUGGUAGGUGAUUUUCCGCGCGUUUCCGAUCGGGGCGGCGCGCGUGCAAUAGGUAACUCGACUUUGUGGUGCGUCUGCCUGGGAGUGUUUUUUUUUGUGGUGUUUGUUUUGUGUCCACCCGCGGAAUACGGCGAUGGAUUCCGGAAUUUUGUUGGUUCCAAAGCUGGAACCACAUUCGGACGGCGUUGUGAAUAGUGCUUUGGGUGGAUCGCUUUCCAAGGUGACGAUUGUUGCAAAAGAGGUGGAUGUGGGGGAGGUAGCAUACCGUGGAAGAAUGGGGUGCGGUGGGAAUAAACAAAAACACAAAUCCGGUCGAGAUGGUGAGUUGAUUCUAGUGAUGGAGCCGCAAAAUCCUUCCCCGACCAAGUAUUUCGACAAGGAUGGACGGCCUCUGAAGAAGGAACUAGUUGAGAAUGAGCUGUUGAAGGCGCUGCCAGGGGGGAAGUCUUUAUCGAAAAAGCGAUCCAAACUGACAAUAACCUGCCACAAGUGUUCCAAGCUGUUCGAAACGAAGAUUGAGUUUGAAUUCCACUACCGGAAGAGCUACAACCAGGAGCCAGUUUACUGCUGCACAACGUGUGAUAAACAAAUAAACCAGUACAAAGCCUACCGGCUGCAUAUUUACCGGCACUUGAACAGUGCCACCCAACGGUAUACAUGUGGAACUUGCGCCAAAGUGUUCCACCAGAAAUCGGAUCUCAACCGGCAUGAAAGUGUGCACGAGAGCCAAAGCGCUGUCAAAGCAUCGGUUCCGAGAACCGAACCAGACCGGAUAGCGCCGGCGGUGGCGGCCACGGCAAAUGGCAAAAUAGCAUGCGACCGGUGCGAGGCCGUUUUCGCCAAUCAAGCUGAGAUACGCAUCCACGUGAAGAAGGUCCAUCCGAUCCCCAAACAAAUGAUCGAAUGUCCAGACUGCGGCAAGUUUCUGUCGGCCGGUAGCCUGUACUCGCACCGGAAGAUUCACUCGGACGGGCCCAAGUUUACCUGUGAGGAUUGUGAUAAGUCGUUUGUGCAGAAGAUCAAUUUCAUCCACCACCGGAAGAAACAUCUACCGAACGACGAGCGACCGUUCCCUUGUGCGGAAUGUGGGAAGGCGUUUUUCGAAAAGUCGCACCUGCAGAGGCAUCAGUUCUUCCACUCCGAGGAGCGUCCAUACAAGUGCGACCUUUGUGGCAAGUGCUACAAAACCGAGCGUUGUUUGAAGGUCCACUCGGCAGUUCACAACGCAGAUCGCCCUUUCGUGUGCACCGAGUGCAACAAAGGCUUCCUGAGCAGUUCGAAACUCCGCCAGCACAGUAACAUCCACUCCGGGUUGCGUCCCUUCAAGUGCAAGUACUGUUCCCGGGAUUUCACCAACUUCCCCAAUUGGCUGAAGCACAUCCGCCGGCGGCAUAAGGUCGAUCAUCGCACCGGGGAAAAACUGGACAGCGUUCCCAAGUUCAUGACCAAGAAAAAGGACAAAGUGGAUAAGAAGGAAGCUGCUGUAGCAAAGAAGGAAGUCCUCCAACCUCCCAAGCAAACACCUCAGCUGUCCAUCAAGGAGGAAAGUCUUCCCUUCGUCGGCGAAAACUCCAACAUUGAUCUCAACCUGGUCUCCAAGGACGACCUGCUGCAGCCUCUCAAGAUGGAAGAGAUGGAGGACAUCUUUAUGGAGCUUCCCGGAGGGGGCAUUUCCGCCAUAGUGGUUGAGGAUGAAGACGCCCAGCAUGCGGUGGAGCGACCAAUAGUUGCCACCACGGCCUCGUCCGUCAGCACCAGUGAACCUCCUACCGAGGAGGAUGAAUCGGAACCGCUCGGACCGACGGAAUCGGAUUUUGUCGAUCCACCUCCGCUGGGUCUGUCCGAGGACGACAGCGAGCUGUUCCAGUUUGGUUACGUACAACCUGAAUUUGAUUGUGAUUUUAGCAUUAAGAACGAGUUUUCUCUAAGGAGAGAAGCUGUGAAUGUGAUUCGGGAGAUUGAUUCAACUAGUAUUGGCGAUGCUUUUGUCGGCUCGGCUUCGACAUCGUCGGUGGCCCUGCCGGCUGCUACCGGUGCCCUGGUGUACGACAUCAACGCCGAGUUGCCCAUUUUCCCAACAUUGAUCUCAAUCUGCGGGGACGAGCAGUUUCGGCUCAUCAAUCCGAACUUCAUCCAUCUGCCUCAGUUGCGAAGGAACAGCGGUUCCAGUGGUAGCAACAGCGUGGCUUCCGGCAACGGUGGACCCAGUGGAAGUGGACUAAAGGUGGAAUUACCGUAAGUAAAACCCGAUCUUCAUACAACCGAUAACAAUAUUUUUCUACGCAAACAUUUUUAAGUUUCGACUAAAUGAUAAGAACCCAUACACAUUACAUUAAUACCCCCUGAGGGGUCUAUCUAUAAACAUUAGUGAAGUAAAAAAAACGGAGAGAUCUCGGCGCGAAGGAAGCAUGCAAGCUCCUUCGACAGAAACAGUUGGGCUAGUGACUAGACAGGACGAAAUUUUGUGGUGAUUUAUUCUUAGUAGUAGCGUUGUAAGCAUAAGGUUACUUUUGAACAAUUGGCGUUGUUGGCCGGACGGAAGAUCACUGUGCUCUUAACACGGGAUCAGUU